AUGAAACUAUCCACGAAUAUCCCUAUGCGCCCAUCAGGGGAGAUAAUUCUGAACCUUACCAACAUGAACGCCGCCGCUCGGCGCGCAGCGUUACACAGCCUGCGCACGUCUUCAAGGACACCGAUUCGAUGCAGAUGGGGCUCUACACUCGCGGACAGGAAAUGGUCAACACCUCUCGCCCGAACACUGGCGAGCGCAAUGACGGUCACUGGUCCCAUUCCCAUCGCCGCCUUCAUGCGCCAGGUGUUGACCUCUCCAGAGGGAGGCUACUACACAUCUCGCGAGGAUGUCUUCGGUAAACGUGGUGACUUUGUUACAUCACCGGAAAUUUCCCAGGUGUUUGGAGAGCUGAUCGGCAUCUGGGCAAUUGCGGAGUGGAUGGCACAAGGGCGAAAGCGAAGCGGAGUUCAACUGAUGGAGGUGGGACCGGGCAAAGGAACCUUAAUGGAUGAUAUGCUUCGGACAUUUCGCAACUUCAAAUCUUUCACUUCCAGUGUCGAGGCUAUCUAUCUUGUUGAGGCGAGCGCUACGUUAAGGGAAGUGCAAAAGCGCCUUUUAUGUGGAGACGAAGCAGCCAUGGAAGAGACUGACAUCGGUCACCGAAGUACCUGCAAGUAUUUCAAUGUGCCUGUUGUCUGGGUGGAAGACAUUCGGUUGCUACCACACGAGCUGCCGCUGACGUACUUCCGUAUGAUUGCAGAGGAAGGGAAAACGCCAUUCAUUUUUGCACAUGAAUUCUUCGACGCUCUCCCUAUCCACGCGUUCGAAUCAGUACCUCCGGCUCCGGAAAACGAGGCGACGGAACAAGUUCAAGAAAUCAUGACACCUACAGGUCCCCAGAAACUUCUCAAGCCACUCAAAGUUGCCAAUGUUCCACAAUGGCGAGAGCUGCUGGUCACAUUGAAUCCUAAAGCAGUGGAAGAGAAUAUCGAGGGUGAGCCAGAAUUCAAGCUCACAAAGGCGAAGGCCUCCACGCCCUCCUCGCUUGUUAUCCCGGAGAUCUCGGAGCGAUACCGAAAGCUCAAGUCGCAACCAGGCUCCACCAUUGAAGUGAGUCCCGAAAGCCGCAUCUAUGCCGCAGACUUUGCGCGUCGCAUCGGUGGCGACACGACAACGACUCAAACUUCAAAGAAGAACUCUACCCCAGAAAAUCCAAAGAAGACGACGCCAUCCGGCGCGGCUUUGAUCAUGGACUAUGGAACCAUGUCUACGAUACCUGUCAAUUCCCUGCGUGGAAUUCAACAUCACAAAAAUGUGGCGCCACUAUCUUCACCGGGCCAAGUGGACGUCAGUGCCGAUGUUGACUUCACUUCCUUGGCUGAAGCUGCCAUUGAAGGAAGCGAUGGUGUUGAGGUGCACGGACCCGUUGAGCAGGGCGAUUUCCUUCAGGCUCUGGGCAUCGAAGAGCGAAUGCGCCAGUUGCUGAAGGGUGUCAAAGACGAAGAACAUAGACACACCUUGGAGACAGGAUGGAGGCGUCUUGUUGAUAAGUCGAGUGGUUCCAUGGGUCAGAUCUACAAGGUGAUGACCAUUAUUCCAGAAAAUAGUGGCAAGAGACGGCCGGUGGGUUUCGGCGGUGGUGUACAAAUGUAG